UGCUCGAAAGCCAAGAUGUCGUCUGCGUCGGAGAAACAGAGGCGCGUGCUGCCGCUCUUCCAGUUCGUAUCCCUGCCCACCAGGGACAAGUUCGGGCUCCUGGUGCAGAGGGACCCCCGACUGGCCGGACUGGGGACCCUCGGCCGGGGGGUCCUCUUCUCCUGCUUCCACGAGGAACACCUGAAAGAGGCCACGCAGCUCUACGAAGUGUUACUCACCAUCCCGACGUUCGAGGAGUUCUUGGACCUGUGCCACCAGUGUCGUGACUACGUGAACGAGGGGCUGUUCGCCUACGCCGUCUCAGUGGCGUUGCUGCACCGCAAGGACUGCAGGGGCGUCAAUCUGCCGCCCGUCCAGGAGGUCUUCCCCGACAAGUUCGUGCCCGCAGAGACGCUCUUCAAGGCCUACAAGGAGGUCACGCAACACGCCGACGAAGACGACGUGAUCAUCAACAUCGAGAAGACGGGCAACGUGAUGGACCCCGAGUAUCAGCUGGCGUACUACCGGGAGGACAUCGGCAUCAACGCCCACCACUGGCACUGGCACUUGGUGUACCCGGCCACGUGGCGCCCGGAGGUCAUAGGACGCAUCAAGGACAGGAAGGGAGAACUCUUCUUCUACAUGCACCAGCAGAUGUGCGCCAGGUACGACUGCGAGCGCCUCUCCAACCACAUGCCCCAGAUGGUGCCCUUCCACAACUUCGAGGAGCCCCUCGAGGGCUACUCCGCCCACCUGUCCGCGAACGUGAACGGGCUGCCGUACGCUUCGCGCAACGCGGGCCUGCGCAUGCGCGACCGGCCCGACUGCGCCGUCCAGGACCUCGAGCGGUGGCGGGAGCGCAUCCUGGAGGCCAUCAGUCUGGGUCACGUGGUCGACCCCAACGGACACGAGACGGCGCUGGACGAGGCGCACGGCAUCGACGUGCUCGGACACAUCGUCGAGUCCAGCUACGAGUCCGUCAACGUGCCCUACUACGGGAGCCUCCACAACUGGGGUCACGUGAUGAUGGCCUCGGCGCACGACCCCGACGGACGAUUCAAGCUGAACCCGGGCGUGAUGGACGACACGGCCACUUCCCUGAGGGACCCCAUCUUCUACAGGUGGCACAGGUUCAUCGAUGACAUCUUCCAGACCUACAAGAAGAAGCUGCCCAGCUACACCCAGGACGACCUGCACUUCACCGGCGUCACCAUCAAGUCCCUGGACGUGAAGGCCAAGCACCUGAACGUGAUCGAGACCUUCUUCCAGGAAGACUUCCUCGACGUCUCGCACGCCUUCUACUUCCCCAGGUCCGGAGCCGUCAAGGUCCGCUACGAGCACCUGAACCACGAGCCGUUCAGCUACAAGAUGGUGGUCCUCAACUCGGGCACCAAGACCCGGCACGCCAAGGUGCGCAUCUUCCUGGGCCCCAAGUACGACCACCUGGGCAACGAGGUCAAGAUCAACGACCUGCGCAGGCUCAUGGUGGAGAUGGACUCCUUCCACGUGGAACUGCGUCCCGGCGAGAACAGCGUGGAGCGUCGCUCCAUCGACUCGAGCGUGACUCUGUCCGCUCAGCCCACGCUGCGUCAGCUGCUGAGGGGCGAGGGCGCGGACAAGAGGAUGGACGAGUACUGCAGCUGCGGAUGGCCAGACCACCUGCUCGUGCCCAAGGGGAACGUCGCCGGCAUGAAGUUCCACCUCUUCGCCAUACUCACCGACUACUUCCAGGACACGGUGAACGACCACGGUCGCACUAGCGAAUGCACCGACGCCGUGAGCUACUGCGGCGCCAAGGACCAGCUCUUCCCCGACCGGCGGGCCAUGGGCUUCCCCUUCGACAGAGAGAUCCACAGCUACUCAUUCAAGGAGUGGCUCGAGUCCAACAUGAUCUCCGUGCCAAUCACCGUCCUCCACGUCUAGACACGACACGCUCGCUUGGCUGAAGCUCGACUCAUCCGACCAGAUUUCUCUACUUGGCUGAAGCUCGACUCAUCCGACCCUAUUUCUCUACUUGGCUGAAGCUCGACUCAUCCGACCACAUUUCUCUACUUGACUGAAGCUCGACUCAUCCGACCCUAUUUCUCUACUUGGCUGAAGCUCGACUCAUCCGACCACAUUUCUCUACUUGACUGAAGCUCGACUCAUCCGACCAUCUUUCUCUACUUGGCUGAAGCUCGACUCAUCCGACCCUAUUUCUCUACUUGGCUGAAGCUCGACUCAUCCGACCAUCUUUCUCUACUUGGCUGAAGCUCGACUCAUCCGACCCUAUUUCUCUACUUGGCUGAAGCUCGACUCAUCCGACCAUCUUUCUCUACUUGGCUGAAGCUCGACUCAUCCGACCCUAUUUCUCUACUUGAUUGUUAAUGGACUCCUUCCACGUCAAGUCCGCUGUGAUAUCCCCACACGCCACUGAUUUCUUAUAAGUGUCAGAUUUUCAGAAGAACAUCUCUCUGUUUUUUUUUCUUCGCCAAGCAAAGGUUGAACUUUUCCCCGUUUACAACGAAUCCUUCCUCCAAGACUUUAUGUCUCUCUCCGAUGCGCGGCAUUUGGAUGCUCGACUGUAUUGACUUCGACGACUCACUUUCAAAUGCAAUAAAUUCCUUUUGAUGCAGUA